GUCUCCUCUAUUGGGAGAAAUGUCAAUUUGACGAAAGAAAAAGUGUUUUACAGAUAAGUUUUUACACAGUUUCUAUGUAAAAAUAUUAUAAGGACACACCGAUUAUACCCUUCAGUACUACUAUGAAUAGUAGAAGAUAUCUUUCUGUGUCAGUUUCCACCUUAUUGUAGACCAUAAAAUGUGUUAAAGUGCAAAAAAAUGUUUCACAACGCGCAUUGCAUUAUGUAAGCAAGAUAUGAUUCUUAGAAUAUUGUUUAGAGUGUCCUGUGAGAAAUGGCCAGAACGGAUGUAGCAGGAAGUGGCAGUGAUUUUAUCCAUUUGGCCAAGAACAAUGAUUUGAUGUUCUCAUAGAAUUGAUGAAAUCGUGCAAAAAGAUUAUCUUAGAAUAGCGGAUUGUUAUUAGUUAAAUUGUUGUAGUCAGAAGGAUAUGCAUUACCAUGUCUACUCCAGGUGAGCCUGAGUCUUCGAAAUUUCUCAAGACUAUCGAGUGGGAGAUGAUGGACAAGGCCAGGUUCUUUCCAUUGAGCAUGCUGAGUUCCUUCACGGUGCGUUGUUGCCUCUAUCCUCUCACUGUGAUCAAGACGCAGCUUCAGGUGCAAUUCCGGAACGACGUCUAUUCGGGCAUGCUGGAUGCUGGUUCAAAGAUUUACAAAUCCGAUGGGAUUUCUGGACUCUAUCGGGGUUUCUGGAUAUCUUCUGUGCAGCUGGUUUCGGGUGUUUUCUACAUCAGCACUUAUGAGAGUGUACGCCAUGUGUUGGGCCAGUAUGGGGCUGGGCAACGGGUCAAGGCCCUUGUGGCUGGUGGAUGUGCUUCAGUUAUCGGGCAAACGCUUAUUGUGCCCUUCGACGUCAUCUCGCAGCAUAUGAUGGUGCUAGGGAUGCCAGCUACAGACAAAGCAGGUCUCAAUCCAUUGGGCAUCAAGCCACAGAAGGGACGUUUUCGGCUGGCAGCCGGUAUUACCAAAGAGAUCUACAGGAGAGAUGGUUUUGCUGGUUUCUAUCGUGGAUAUACGGCCAGUUUGAUGGCCUAUGUUCCGAAUUCCGCGCUCUGGUGGGCCUUCUAUCAUCUCUAUCAAGACCAACUGUACAAAAUCCUACCGUAUUGGUCAUCUCAUUUAUUGGUGCAGUGCAUCGCUGGUAGUUUUGGUGGCUUCACCACAACUCUCAUUACCAAUCCUCUGGACAUUCUGCGAGCGAGGCUUCAGGUGCAGCGCCUAGGCUCCAUCCGGGUGGCCUUCAAUGAGCUGUGGGCCGAAGAGAAGAUGCACAUGUUCUUCAAGGGACUGUCAGCACGUCUGGUACAGAGUGCAGCAUUCUCAUUUAGCAUUAUCCUAGGCUAUGAAACAAUUAAAAGGAUAUCUGUGAAGGAACAAUACAAACACUUAGUAAAAUGGUGAAAGCACUUUUUACAGUGUACAAUUAAUUGUAACUGGUCUUUUUGUAAUAGGCAAAUUGAAGUCUAAAAAAAAUAUUAUUUUUUUUCUUUUACGCAUAAUAACUUAUACACAAGAUUGUUUUACGGCUUUGUUACUAUUCUCAGGAAGAAAAAAAAUUGAUGAAAAGUGUAAUAUAAUUGUGUAGACAAGAUGAA